AUGUCAGAGUCUGCAGGGCUAGGGUUAAAGCGGCGGCGAGUGACACGUGCAUGUGAUGAGUGUCGCAAGAAGAAGGUGAAGUGUGAUAGUAGGCAUCCGUGCAUACAUUGCACGGUGUACUCGUAUGAAUGCACGUAUAAUCAACCGGCACGGCGGGCCGGAGGAGGGCGCGGGCGCGGAGAAGGCGGCACGGAAGCGGGCGCAGGCGAGGAUGUGGGCGCGGGCGGGGUGUGCAAGAAGGGGCCGCACUCGCGGGUGCGGUACCUGCAGAAUAAGAUCGCGAAGUUUGAGCGGGUGCUCGGAGAAGUGUUUCCGGGGCUAGUGGACGAGCGGACGAUCGACGAGUUCGAUGUUGAGACGUUCAAGAAGCUGUUUGCGAACUGCAUUCGCAAGGAUGUGGAUGUGCGCGAGGUUGUCGCGGAGUACCGACUGAUAGUGCCGUGUGAGGAGCCGGGUGGGGUGCGGCGCGCGGCGGCCGGUGACGCGGCGGAGGCGGAAACGGAACCGUUUUCGCAGGAAGAGAGCAAAGAGAUUAGGAUCAUUCUGCCUCCAAAGCCAAUUGCGAUUGAGUUUGUAAAGAAUGUGUGGGAGAACUGCUGUGUGCUGUACCGUUUCUAUCACCGCCCGACUUUCAUCAGGAAGCUGGACGACCUGUAUGAGACAGACCCGCGUGAGUACACGCACGAGCAGCUACGCUUCUUGCCGUUGUGCUACGCUGUCAUGGCAGUGGGUGCGCUGUUCUCUAGCUCCAUGCUCCCUGGUCGGGGAAGCGAAGAUGCGGGCUCUGCAGGCAGAGUAACAGCGGCUACAUUGGCGGAUACGGACACACGGCACGCUUAUCUGCACGACGAGGGCUACCGGUACUAUGUGGCUGCGAAAAAGCUAGUGGAUCUCACGAACGCCCGUGACACCGAGGCGAUUCAGACCCUUUGUAUCCUGUUUGUGUUCUCACAAUGUUCUGCGCGGCUCUCCACGGGGCAUUCGUAUGUCUGCCUGGCUAUGAAGUCCGCCCUUCGUGAAGGAUUUCAUCGCAAGCUCUCGCCGGAAGAUGAGAAGAAGUAUUCACCGCUCGAGCAGGAGAUGCGCAAGCGCCUGUUUUACACCCUUUAUAAGAUGGAGGUAUUUGUGAAUACGAUGCUGGGGCUGCCAUCGUCACUCUCCAAGGACGACUAUGACCAGUCGCUACCACUUGAGAUCAGCGAUAAAUAUAUCUCGGAUAGCGGCAUCCAUGCCGAGCAGCAGAGAGAUAUAUUAUCGUCCUCAGGAGUCGCAAAUCAACAUACGAAACUUAUUAUGAUCAUGGAAGAAAUAGCCGCGCAGCUGUAUCCCGUGAAAAGAACCGGUAAGUUUAUCUCUCACAAGGUUAUUUCAGCUUUAGAGCUUAAAUUGCGCAGCUGGCUAGAUCAACUGCCGGCAGAGUUAGUUCCGGGUCUGAAGGAUGUACCGGAACGCUACUACAUGGCCAACAGGAUGUUACACCUAUCUUUCUUACAUGUGCAGCUAAUCUUGUACCGUCCAUUCAUUAACUACCUCUCCAGAUCCAAUUCCAGUUCAACUAAUAGUACCCUUUCCGUCCAACGGGCCAAAAAUUGUAUUUCUGUGGCGCGCACAGUGAUUUCGUUAGCUGCGGAAAUGUUCGACAAGGGUAUGCUGGUAGGGACAUCAUGGUUCAGCAUUUACACAAUAUUUUUCAGUGUAACUGGCCUGAAUUACUACGUGCGGGAAGUCACGCCCACAUAUAAGCAGGCAAUUGCAGAGUACAAGCAGAUUUUAGAGAGUGUGGAGCUUGGGACAGAUAUUCUCUCAAAACUGAAAACCACUUCUGUAGCCGCUGGCCGCAUAUACAACGUUCUGUUUUCACUUUUCAAGCCAUAUAAUCCUCAUCCUCAAGUAUCUGCAAGCCUGAGUUCAACACCUAAUGCUCAGGUGGAUGAUGAUGACAUAAAACAACAGCGUUCUGGAUACAAUUCGGUGAACAACUCUGUCCAAGAGCUUAUUAGCAUCCCUGAGACUAGUAAUGCCAGUUUCUUUCACAAUUGGGCUGUUGACCCAUCUUUGAAAGCACAGGAGCAAGUAUACUUUUCUGGCCCAUCGUUGCCAUCAGGCACCCCAGUAACCAACAUUAAAAAUCCUAACACGCCCCCCACACUACCAAACAAUCGUGUGGCAUCCAGUUUCUCCGGGACGUUAGUUUCACUAAUUCCCACUUCCUCUACCGGACGUGCUGAUACUCCAUCCAUACAUCAAACACCUAGCACAACAAUGGUCAACAGUGGCAGUUUUGUCCCAGAGGAAGAUAUAGGUAACGUGGAAACUCACUUGUUUGGUCGUUAUCUGCCCCCAUCACUUUCCCAAGAUCCACUUAUUGCGUACUCUUUGCCGCAAACCGAAUUUGAAAACCCUUAG